AUGAUCAUUGGGCAUCUAAGUAGUGAUCAAGCCCCUGCAACUAUUCCAAAAGGCCGCGACAGUUCCGCCACGGUCUAUCGGUCCGGAAAAGUUGACCAUGUUGCCAAAUGGGACACUACCAAGUGCCGCGGCCCUGGAAAUUGCAAGACCCUAACAAUUUUAGCUGUCGCUGUUUAUCUCCAAUUAUUUAAAGAGCAUGACCCUUUCGAUUCCUCACUUCAGGUCGGAAUUGUGAUCAAUUCAAUUCGUGACGUUGACAAUCUUUUCGCCAUGGUUUACUUCUCUACUAUUGCGCUGGCAGUGGCCAGUGUUCUUCCACAGCUGACCCAAGGAGUUGGCUUAAAUACUGCUGCCGUUGCAAAGGGAAAGCUAUACUUUGGAUCAGCGACUGAUAACCCCGAGUUGACCGAUGCUGCUUACCUUGCCCAAUUGAGCAACACAGAUGACUUCGGUCAAAUUACUCCCGGCAAUGCGCAAAAGUGGGAUGCAACCGAGCCAUCUCAAAACACCUUCUCCUACACCAAAGGAGAUGUCAUUGCCAACCUUGCUGCUACAAACGGUCAAAAGCUGCGAUGCCAUAAUCUGGUUUGGCACAGCCAAUUGCCUAAUUGGGUCUCAAGCGGCUCUUGGACUAACGCCACUCUGCUGGCUGCCAUGAAGAACCAUAUCACCAACGUGGUGACCCACUACAAAGGCGAAUGCUAUUCUUGGGAUGUAGUCAACGAAGCUCUGAACGAGGACGGUACCUAUCGCAACAAUGUCUUCUACCAACACAUCGGCGAGGCAUACCUUCCCAUCGCAUUUGCAACUGCAGCUGCCGCAGACCCAGAUGUCAAACUCUACUACAACGAUUACAACAUCGAAUCAGCCGGUUCCAAGUCGAACGGUGCCCAAAGAAUCGUCAAGCUCGUGCAGCAGUAUGGCGCCAAGAUCGAUGGCGUCGGUCUACAAGGACACUUCAUUGUCGGAAGUACUCCUGGUCAGAGCGCGCAAACUACCAACUUGGCCGCAUUCAUAGCCCUGGGGGUCGAAGUUGCCUACACUGAACUUGACAUCCGUAUGACUCUGCCCUCAACUGCUGCCUUGCUGACCCGGCAGUCGGCCGACUACCAGAGUACCGUUGCGGCGUGCGUGGCAAAUGCAAAGUGUGUUGGUGUUACUCUUUGGGAUUACACUGACAAGUACUCCUGGGUUCCUAAUACGUUCCCCGGUCAGGGUGAUGCGUGUCCUUGGGAUGCGAACCUGGGGAAGAAGCCGGCCUAUGCGGGCAUCUUGGCUGCUCUGGGGGUUACGUCUUCUCCCACUUCCACUACUACCUUUAUAACCACCACCACUACUGCCAAUCCGGGUGGGACUGUCGUCCCUCUCUAUGGUCAGUGUGGUGGCUCAGGCUGGACUGGAGACACCAUUUGUGCAAGUGGAACCUGUAAAUACGUCAGUGAAUGGUAUUCGCAGUGUAUGUAG